CUGCUGGCUGAAGGCGGACACUGCAGCCUGUUGAAGCCCCUCUCCUUCGGCUCAUGAACGCGUUUAACAGUGAACAUUGGUUGCGUCUGUUGCCGCUGUGUGUUGCUCUCCUUCCUGGAAGACACUUGUAUUGAAGCCGCGGAUGUCGCUGUGAAGAGGUCGAGACAAUAAAGGUGAAGAUUCCUGAAGCUCUUGUCAACUUGUCUUGACAACUCCCACAUGGCAGUAAACCCCUCACUUGAAGAUUAAACUAAGUACACUCAGCUCCAGAACAUUGCCCUCGUAGAUGCCGCUCAGUCUUCGUCUUUGCAAAUGGCUUGCUGCUUGAAGGACGAGCUCCUCUGUUCCAUCUGCCUCAGCAUCUACCAGGACCCCGUCAGCUUUGGCUGUGAGCACUACUUCUGCAGGAGGUGCAUCACCGAGCACUGGAGCAGGCAGGCGCUGCACGGCGUACGGGACUGUCCUGAGUGCCGGAGGACCUUCACCGAUCCUCUUCUGUCGCCCAGUCUUAAAUUGUCCAAUAUUGUGGAGCGCUACUCGGCCUUCCCACUGGACGCCAUCCUCAACGCUCAGAGGAGCUCCUACCCCUGCAAGGACCACGAGAAGGUCAAGCUCUUCUGCCUCACGGACAAAAGCCUGGUGUGCUUCUUCUGCGACGAGCCGGCGCUACACGAGCAGCACCAAGUAACCACUAUUGACGAGGCUUACGAGGAGAUACAGAGGGAGAUGAAGGAGCAGCUGGCCACCCUGCAGGACAGUGAGAAGGGACACACUGAGGCCCUGCAGCUCCUGCAAAGACAACUUACUGAGACCAAGUCCUCAGCCAAGAGUCUGCGCGCAACCAUCGGCGACGCAUUUGAACGCCUUCACCGCUUCCUGCGCGAGCGUCAGAAGAGCAUGCUGGAAGAGCUGGAGAUGGACACGGCCCGCAAGCUGGCCGACAUCGAGCACAAGAUCCAGCGCUACAGCCAGCAGCUGCGCGACGUCAAGGAGGGCAUCCAGAUCCUGCAGGAGCGCCUCAACGAGACGGAGCGACACGACUUCCUGGAGGGAGUAGCCGUCACAUCUGAGAGGAUUAAAGGGAAGAUACAUGAGACCAAUCUGACGUAUGAAGACUUCCCGACAUCCAAGUACAUGGGGCCCUUACAGUACACAAUAUGGAAGUCGCUCUUCCAGGAUAUCUCACCAGUGCCGGCAGCGUUGACCCUCGACCCCAUCACAGCCCACCAAAGACUGAUCCUCUCGGACGACUGUACCAUAGUGGCUUACGGGAAUCUCCAUCCGCAGCCCCUGCAGGACUCCCCGCGGCGCUUUGAUGUAGAGGUGUCUGUUCUGGGCGCCGAGGGCUUUGUGUCGGGCGUCCAUUACUGGGAGGUGAUGGUGUCAGAGAAGACCCAGUGGAUGAUCGGUGUGGCCCACGAGACAGUCAGCCGCAAGGGCAGCAUCCAGAUCCAGCCGAGCCGCGGCUUCUACUGCAUCGUUAUGCACGACGGCAACCAGUAUAGCGCCUGCACCGAGCCGUGGACCCGCCUCAACGUCAAGAGCAAGCUGGAGAAGGUGGGGGUGUACCUGGACUACCACAAAGGCCUGCUCAUCUUCUACAAUGCAGACGACAUGUCCUGGCUAUACACCUACAGGGAGAAAUUCCCCGCCAAGGUCUUCCCCUACUUCAGUCCGGGCCAGAGCCACGCCAACGGCAAGAACGUGCAGCCGUUGCGAAUCAACACUGUACGCCUUUAAGAGCAUCUGUGGUCGUGAUUGUCCUGACAGAUAAUUCAAAAAUCAGUUUUGAGAAAAAAGGUUUAGUAGGGUGUUUGAAAUGUUUGUUUCUUUCAGUUUGGUUAAGAAUUGUGCUUCGAUGUUGCUCUUAAAACCUGCGCUGUUAUUUUUGUGUGACUUGAAACGACCAUACAAUAAUGGCCUGCACUUGAGCCUCAUUCCACAUCUUUAAUUGAAAAGAUUACACUAAAAGGAGACGGGGGGACCCCUGGGCUCCUCUGGGGUCUGUGGCAGUGAUGUACAAAAAGAAAACGUGAUUUAAGUCCCAGGCCCACCUUGCACACUCCCAGGGGGCAACACUCUCCUUAUCGAGCUCCAGGCUCGUCAGACUUGAUCUCUGUCCAGGAAAAGGACACUGAAGACUGGUCACUUGUCUUCUCUGUGCUGUACAGUCGGCUUAGCUUUGUGUGUGGACUGUGAUCAACAGCACUCUGCUCCUUUUUGUUCGGCCAGCAAUCCACCCUGAACUCGUCAAGUCUGCCCGCACUUUUUACACCCGUCUGAGACCAUGAUCUUGGUUCCUCCUGCGGGUCACAUCCCACGCGUGUCUGUUCUUUAUCGUUGCAAGAAAAGCUUUGGUUCUACGGACACCAGUGAUCAUCCACGCCACCUAGAACAAACUAAAUGAAUCAAAAAGUCAUUGUUAGGCUGCCCGUCCCUUUCCACUGCCCAGUGGAAAGAUCUGUUUGGAGGUUGUGCAGAAACAUGCUGCUACUGACGGAGUAAAGACAUGCAUGUUUGUAUAUAGAGUAUCAAGGGUUAAAAGAAAUAAGUCUCUCAUGCUGGCUCAUGUUUAAGUUUCCGCUCCAAAACCACAAGUAUGCUUGCCCUCAGCAUACACUAGUGUACGUGUGGGUUUUUUUUCCACAGGGUUGAAUUCAAGUACAUUUCUGCUUUCAGUCAUGAUGUUUGCUCAUUUUGUCUUCAAAUCAAAAGUAGAUGUGCCGCGUGUGAGACGGAGCCCUCUAGUUGUAAAAGCGUAACUUCUCAGAUGUGAAAAUCUGAAAGGUUAAAGAUGAUUUAUUACUCAAAGAUUUUUACAGAGACCAACCGAUCUCUUAUUUUAGAUCAUAUCAUUUAUGUAAAUGAAGUCAAGCUGUAUGUUUUUGGGACAUUGCAAUAAUCAAGGAAAAUGAUGAUGGACGGAUGGAUGGACUCUGGUGCUUAAUGUAAUAUUCCUGUGCGACUGGCACUGAAAACAUCACUUAUAAUUCCUCUGAGGCCCAUGUUUAAGUCUUCGCCCCACAUGCCUCAAGUGCUCUUGUUGAUCAUUAGUUGUCCUGCAGAAUCUGCUCUUAAGAGGCUCUGGUCCCUCAGCCAAGUCCAGCAUACUGAGAGACGUGUCUGUGGGUGGGUGGGCAUGUGCACGGGUAUGUUGGUUCAGCUAUAAUUUUAAAUCCAGCUUUGGUUGUGCUUGAUAAAGCCCAUCUGGCCUUCUGAGCAUACCCAUGUAGUUGCCAAGAGUGAUUAUUACAAAAAGCUUUGGAACCGGAUAGAACUUUAAUAAAUCUACAUCAGCGGAAAAAAGAACAAACACAAAUAUAAUCACAUCACCCUUCCUUUGUGUGUGUGUGUGUGUGUGUGUGUGUGUGUGUGUGUGUGUGUGUGUGUGUGUGUGUGUGUGUGUGUGUGUGUGUGUGUGUGUGUGUGUGUGUGUGUGUGUGUGUGUGUGUGUGUGUGUGUGUGUGUGUCCAUUUUUUAAAUAAAAUUGGGGCAGUGCCCUUGUUUUUCUAGGAUGUGAUUCCGGUAUGUGCAGUACGAUGCAAAUUAGGGUCAAAUGGUGAGCAUCUGCAAAUUAUUCUUGGUAUUUGUUUUAACUUGCACAGACCUACAGGAGCCUGUUUCAAGAUGCAGAUCUGCUAAGGUGAAUAAACCCAGAAUGAAACCUGGAACAAGUCUUUUUCUUCUGGGAUUUACUCAGCAAAUGUGUCCAGAUAAUGCUGUGAACCAGGAUUUAUGUAAUUAUGUGUGAAUAAUUACCAGAAUGUUCAAAAGAUCAGGACAGUAUUGAGGUAUUUUCUUCUCCUAUUUAUUUUACCCUACCAGCUGGUGCUUCAAAAGAAAUGCUUAAAUUUGACCCCAGUUUGCUGAGCUGGAGACUUCAGUGGAGUCUGCUUCAGUCUCUGUUUGAAUAUUAAGUAGGAGAUUAUUGCGAGAUGGUGUUGGGUUACUGGUGGUGGUGAUGACGCUAAUUGUUUUAAAUGAUUUAUGAUGAUGAUAACUAUGACACUUUUAAUGAAUAUAAUGAUUGUGUCUUUUUAUGAUGGCCGCUGUGCACCCGUCAUUGUGUGAACGCACUCUAGUGUACGUUAGCCGCAGCUGAGGUUUGUGGGAAAUGUUUUAAUGUACAAUAAAUUACUUCUAAAAUCAGUCUUUUUCUUUUGUCCCGGUUUGGAUGUGCAUCAACACAUAACAUAAAUAACAUGAUGUAGAGCAUCAAUAAGGAACUGAUUGG